AGCUGUGGCCAUGCUGAACCUCUCCCCUGCUCUCAGGCCUGAUGAAUACUUCAUUAUUCUAUACCAAGUGAAACAGCUUCUGGCAUGGGGGCCUAGGCUCCUUUCCCUCAGCUUCCCAAGAACACACACUGCAGCCUGCUGAUCAGAGCACUUUUCCCAGAGAAAGAAGCUGGUUUGCUUGGGCAGUGUCAGCCCAGCUCAGUGACACUUCCCAUGACACUUCUCUGCUACAGAGAAAUGGCCCUUCCUGUGUGGAAGAACUUACUUCAUACUACAAAGGGAAGGAUUCUACAGCAGAGAAGGUUGUCACUGUAUAGUGGUGCUCAUGGCUAUAAGGAAGAACUGAUAAAGAAGAAACUUCAACAGUUUGCUGGUGGAUCCAUCAACCUUUCCAAAGAAGACAAUGGCAUUGGAAUACUUACCGUGAACAACCCAAAGUUAAUGAAUGCUUUUACAGGUACUAUGAUGGUAGAACUCCAGGAGAGGAUAACUGAACUGGAAAACUGGAAGGAAGGCAAAGGCCUUAUCGUCUAUGGUGCAGGGAACACCUUUUGCUCAGGAUCAGAUUUGAAUGCUGUCAAAGAAAUAUCCAACUCCCAGGACGGGAUGAAUAUGUGCAUGUUUAUGCAAAACACCUUAACCAGACUUAUGAGGUUGCCUUUGAUCAGUGUUGCACUAGUUCAAGGAAAAGCUUUUGGAGGAGGCGCAGAACUUACCACAGCAUGUGAUUUCAGGUUGAUGACGCCUGGAAGUGAAAUUCGGUUUGUCCACAAGCACAUGGGUCUGGUGCCAGGCUGGGGAGGAGCUGCCCGGCUGGUGCGGAUCGUGGGCAGUGGGGCAGCCCUGCAGCUGCUGAGCGGGGCCACCCGGGUGGACCCUGAGAAAGCUUUGCGCCUGGGAUUCUCAGAGCAGACCCUGUCAUCUUCAGAUGAAACCACGGCCUUAGAAGAAGCCCGAGCCUGGCUGAGUCAGUACACAGAGGGUCCAGUCAGUGUGAUUCAGGCUGUGAAAAAGGUGGUGACAGCAGGAAGAGAGCUCCCAUUGGAAGAUGCCUUAAGGACAGAGAAGGACAUUUUUGGAACUGUAUGGGGUGGGCCUGCCAAUUUGCAGGCAUUGGUUAGAAGACCAAAACAUAAAUGAUGGUCAAUGCAUAAAUGUUCUUGGCCUUUUUGCAAACAAAGCUUUCACUAAAGCAGGCAUUAAACUUGAAUCAUUUAAGGACUUGCCCAUUUAAAACUGGCAUUAACAUUCCUGCCAUUCACUUCAGGCAGACAUAUUUGGUGUGCAACCACAGAGAAAUCCCUGGCAGAUUCUUUACUGUCCUAAUCACCCACUGAAUAGAGAUUAGUGAAAUUAGUAUGUAAAGGUAAAUAUUGUGCUGAGAAUAGAACUGUAAUUCUUUUGGAAUGAAGCUGAAGAUUAUUUUCUUUGGAGUUAAUUUUUUCUGACUGGUAUGGAAAUAAUUACUUGAAAGUUAUAAGGUUUAUUUAUUUGCAGAACAGGUGCAUCUAAAGCUGCAAACUACGAGUUCCCCAACAUGAGACCAAUGUCUUUAAGCAGCUUGGAAAGGGUGAUAACUAGUGAUAGUUUUUAUUUUUUCAUCUCCAGUCAGUUCUUCACUAUUCAAGGAUACUUUGAUUCUAAUGGUGUUUUUACGGAAGAAGCUUUAACAUACUGAGACCUCCUAGCCCUCAUUCACUGACACUGAUUCAGGUUUUUAAAUGCAUUUAGGUGUAUUCUUACUGCUCAAGGAAUCAACUACCUACACAUGCCCAUAUGCUGGACCUGUGCAAAGCUGGUGACCUGGUUCUUUACAUAGAAUCUAGUUGAAAUCCUGAAAGGACAUGAUGUAUCAUGUUCCCAAAUGGAAUGUCCUUAACUGACUGAGUGUCAGAGUACUUCAGCAUCCUGGUAAAACUUGUGUGUGGAUUUGUCUAUAUCUUUCUUCAGAGCAUUUUUUCUGGUAGGGCAUAUUUGGGCUGAUCAGAGGAUUUGGAACUGAGUCUCCACUUCAUGGCAGUGACUAUUCAAGUAAUUAGAUAAAUCACUGGGGAGGGUUUCCCCUUUAAAAAUUAGAAACUGUUAGAGUCCCUGCUUUGGCACAUGUUUCUUAAAAUUAAACAUCUAUGAGAGCAAAACCAUAUCUGUGACUGAGAGUUUCAUGUACUGUUGGUUAGGAUACACUUGUCUCUAAAUCCAGCAGGGACUGAGAUCUGAGCCCAGGACCCAAGUACUCCAUGGGAGCAUGUUAAGGAGGAAAGUUUGGGCUGGAUGCUUGGCCUGACCAGGCAUAACUAGCUCCAGAUGAUAGUAAAAGGUCUCCUAGGAAAAGAAGGCAAUUUCUUGGAUUGAAAUCCAUAUUACAAUUUCUACAGUGUGGCAGGAUUCUUGAGUUUUAGACAAUGAGGUAACUACAUGUUUGAGGAUUUGGGGACAAAUCAAUGAUGGGAAUUUGGCUUGGGUUGCCUGUUAAGAUUCUGGAGGUUUUGAGCAGAUGCUGUGAUCUGCUGGGGAUGUUUUACUAUAAGGUUUUAACAGCAAGGAGCAUGAAGCAAUCAACAGAAAUGCUGAAGAAGAGGAUGUGUUUUGAAUUGGCACUUCAGAGAAGAUAAGGAACUUGCCUCCCCCCUGUAGAUCCUGCGUUUUUGCCUUAAUAUCUCAAGCACUGAUGGAGAACGAUUUCAAAUCUCUCUUCCCCAAAAAUAAAGUUCAAUUUUUAUUUUCAGGUUAGAGAAGAGAUAGGAAUGAGAACAUGGGGAGAUAGUGUUCUGAUUUGUGCCUCUUCUUCCCCCUGCCCCUUUUUAGUUGUUAGUCCCCUGUGUAGCUGGAUUCUUUCCUGUGCCCUAAAAUACUUCAAACCUGUUUCUUCACAGGUAUGAAUGUUUUAAUAUAGUCGGGCAGCACUUGACUGUUUAGUAAUGAAACUGUUCUGCUUUUUAUGAAGUUCCUCAAGACUCAUGAGGGACUCCAGACUGCCAGCAUCACUGAACCUUCAAAGCAUGCUCCAGUCCAUACUCAUCCAGCUUUUUGCAGCAAUAGCACAUCAUGUGAUGACAUGAUGUGAGUCAAAAAAAUGUGCUUUAAAGGGCAACUGGUUAUGUCUUUGCUAGUAGCAAGAAUAGAUUUGCUAUUAUUAAUGCAGUAAUUAUGUUUUUUAAAUGGGUGUGAAAAUUGCUUAGAACCUGAGCAAGACUCUUGAAUCUUUUUUUUUUUUUCUUUAGUGUAUUAGGCUCAUAAAGGUACUGUGUACUGGGUGAUAUGAACUUGAAAAGGAGAAAAUUGUAGCAAAAAAGCAGAAUUUAAUUUCCUUCACAUUUUGAACCAGAUCUGUGCUGCCAGUAAGUGAAACUCAGUAUGUGCACCUACUGGGGAUCUCUUACCAUUUUGAUUUGUAAACAAUGAACUUAUUUCUCAUUUCAGCAAAUGCAUUUCCCCAGCCACCGUCUCUGACUUGUAUCAAAGGUCAAUGUUUGCUUCUAAGAAAACAGGACAAAUAUUUAACUAAUACAGAGCAAGACAUGUUCAGACAGAAAGGGUUAUGGAAACUCAUUUUGUUGAUAUCAUAAAUAUACCAAACAUAGGUACAGGACAUUCUGACAUUACAGGUUUUGAUCAAGAAAUUUGUGGGUAGUCUAAUACCAUAUUCUCUGGUCUGUUUUCUAUUUAAGCUAUUUUAGAGCCCUUCACAUGAAAACCAACCCAAGUAAACUACCGUGAGUGCUAGGAUGAGAUCUCCAAACUGAGAUGAAAUGGAAUCCUGUUUUCUCCCUUUGAAAGCUAAAUACUUUAUUUCAUAGAAUACUUGCUUAGCAUCUUAAAUUGACAAAUAUCUGUAACCAGCAGCUGAUAAGCAUUUGUAUUUUCUUUACGAUUAAUAAAAUCUACAAGCUUCCUCUCA